GGGUGUGUGAGGUGCAGCGUGUGACCUGCUGAGGGAGAGGGAUGUGUGACUUGCGUGUGGUGCAGGAGUGAGUCGCAGUCAAGAUGGUGGUGGUGAUGGUGGCACGGGGCGGCGCGGCAGCCAUUGACCCUCUCGCCGCCGUGCCGCAGCGGGGUCUGACGCUGGUGCCUGAUGCGCCCUCCCGCCACGGGCCUGGCGUGGGGAGUUCCGCCCCUUUCCGCCCCGGCCCCGCCCAGGAUCCUUUGUCCGCCAAUCACAUUGAUUCCCGCUCAUUGUGCUCCAAUCAAGAUGUUUGCCGUCAUCAAUUCUGGCGAUGAUUGGUGGACAAUGCGCAGAUGACACCUGAGUGGCCGCGGUGCCGCGCGCAUGGCAGGCGGCGGCGACGCGGCGGGAAAAGUCGCUCAUGCUUCAAAGAAUGAGUGCAAAAUGGCUUGAAAAGAAAGAGCGCUAUACCUUAUUCUUUUGUUCGACGUAAAUGACGAGGGAUCCGCCGAACUCACCAAAAGUGCAAGUUCCUGCUGGAGUGUGGUGCGAGGAGGACACCGACGGCUGCUGCUGCUGCUGCGGGAGGAGGAGGAGGAGGGCCAGUCGCUGCUCCCAGCCAUCAGGUGGCAUCAGGACAUCAAAUCAUCGCUGAGAGAUAAAAGACAAGUCAAAACUCCUUAUCCAACGUGACGAGAAAGCAUUGGCAACACUUACCUCUUUUAAAAGGACAAUACCGUACCGCCGUUGGUAACACUGACUACAGUACGUGACUCGCAGCGAAACAGAGGAAGAGAGAAAUAGCGAUAAAGAGUGUCAGGCGAAGAAAACGAAGACGUGGCUCAUAAAAGAAGAGAAAAGGAAGAGAAAGAAGCGACGAACGAGAACUGGUGACGGAAAAUAAACGUGAGAAAGACGGAAACGAAAUAAUGGUGAUUGAUCGAGUGCUGGUGAUUUGUGGCUGGUGACUGGGCGGGGACGAGAGAGAGAGAGAGAGAGAGAGAGAGAGAGAGAGAGAGAGAGGGAGAGGGAGAGGGAGAGGGAGAGAGAGGGAGAGAAACAGAGACAGGACAUCCCACAUUCAAUCCCUCAACGAAAGACAGACAAAAUUCCUCUCUCACUACCUAACCCAACCCAACCCAACCCAACCCAACCCUAACCUAACCUAGCCUAACCUAACGUAACCUAACCUAACCUAACCUUACUCAACCCUAACCUAACCUAACCUAACCUAACUUAACCUAACCUAACCUAACCCAACCACAAAACAAUGAUAGUGGACACAGUUCGAGUGAUACCGUGCGGCGGUGGCGGCGGUGGUGGCGGAGGCGGCGGCGGAGGCUCUGACGGCACGAUGACUGAGGAGGAGGACACACUGCGGCCUCCCUUCACGCCCCCGGAGGCCACGGUGGAGGGCACGGCAGCCUCGGAGACCAGACUGAUGCACCAGGAGACUCAGAGCAGCAAGAUUGAGACACAGAGACAACAGCAGCAAGAUGACUGCGGAGAGAAGGGAGAUGGCGUGGAUUUCAAGGGCUGCGGCGAGGUGUGCCAGGGCUGCCGGGACGUGAUCGCCGACCGCUUCCUGCUGCGAGUCAACUCCCGCUCGUGGCACCAAACGUGCCUGCGGUGCUGCGUGUGCCAGCUGGCCCUCGACCGCCAGCCCUCCUGUUUCAUCAGGGAGCACAACGUAUACUGCAAGACCGACUACACCAGGAACUUCGGGGCACGGUGCGCUAAGUGUUGCCGCAGCAUCGGCGCCGCUGACUGGGUGCGGCGGGCGCGGGACCAUGUCUACCACCUCGCCUGCUUCGCCUGCGACGCCUGCAAGCGGCAGCUCAGCACCGGCGAGGAGUUCGCGCUUCACGACAGCCGCGUGUUGUGCAAGCAGCACUACUUGGAGUCCAUCGAGGGCGGGGCCUCCAGCAACGACGAGAGCGACGGCAGCGGCAAGACCAAGAGCAAGCGGGUGAGGACAACCUUUACGGACGAGCAGCUGCAGGUGCUUCAGGCGAACUUCCAGAUCGACUCCAACCCGGACGGUCAGGACCUGGAGCGCAUCGCGCAGAUCACGGGGCUCAGCAAGCGCGUGACGCAGGUGUGGUUCCAGAACAACCGGGCGAGGCAGAAGAAGUACAUGACGCAGGGCAAGCGACACCACCACCACCACCCGCACCAGCAGCAGCAACAGCAGCAGCAGCAGCCGUCUGUAGGCGCAGGGUUCUCCAUGGAGCGCGCGCCGUCCCGCCUCUCAGACUACGGUGACAUCUCCUCCUCCUCCUCCUCCUCUCCCCUCGACUCCCCUCUCUCCCAGAUCCUUUACAGUUUUGGAUGAUUGUCCGCCCAAACCUACGCCCACGCCCACGCCACGCCCGUAGGCCAGGGGGAGGAGCGGGGGGCGGAGGGACCCUUGAUGAGACUCUGUGACGUCCCUGAGUCCCAUCGUCUGGGUCUUCCCGUCUCCUCCUCCGAUGCCGCCAUCUUGGGAGCGGGCGUAGGUUUCGGAAUGGGAAUAUUUCGAGAAGGACCCGCUGGAGGAGGAGGAGGAGAUGCUGGAGAUGCAGGAGAAGGAGGAGGAGGAGAUGGCGUCGGCGGCACCGCAGGAGGCGUGGAAGAAGGAGGGUUUCUCAGCAUCCAAAGCCCUUCGCUGAGUCGUGAUGAUGUGUUUUCUCGCCGGGGGCCUUCAGGAAGGGAGCCGCCGCCCCCCACCACCCCUGUGAUAGCUACAGGCACGCCGAGGAGGACAAUGAAGCUUCGUGAGUCACGCUACAACUCUCCGACGCUCCGAACCACGUGAAGCCUCGAACCGCUGUGCUAGACGCUUCGCCCGCCGCUUUGUGCCCGAGUCUCGAAUCUUGAUAGUGAAAGACGACGUACAGUGUGAGAGAGAGAGAGAGAAAUAUAGCAGCCAAAAGUAAGUGAAAAUACAACGUCAGUCUCAAAGAAUAUGUAAGAUUUAUUUGAAGGGAAAGAUGACUGAUAAGACGUAAUAUAUAAUGCAGCAGAAGUGUGGAGGAUUGAGAAACGGGACUUACGAGAAAAGAAGAGAGACGAAGUGCGUACGUAUGAAGAAUUUAGGGGAAUAAAUAGCGAUAACGAAAGAGAGAGAGAGAGAGAGAGAGAGAGAGAGAGAGAGAGAGAGAGAGAGAGAGAGAGAGGCCCUAUCUACAUCUCCAUCCACUCUUUCUCACCAUCAUUAGAAGACGCUCAGCUUACUCUCACUAUCGCACUCGUAAAGCUACGGGACUGGCGGGCGACACUGACUCCCCCCCCCCGUCUCUCUCUCUCUCUCUCUCUCUCUCUCUCUCUCUCUCUCUCUCUCUCUCUCUCUCUCUGCUACCUGGAACUGAGGGAGGUAAAAAAAACUCUCACCUUUACCUAUAGUGUGUAGAAGUGAUAGUAAGCGGUGCCUCCCUCAGACGACGUUUAUUUCUGUCCCUCUAGCGUGAAGAAGCCUGAAAAAAAUGUCACUGGUGUUUAAGUCUGGGCGGCGAGGAAGAUGUACGCCAUUGAGGAAACAGAAAAAAAAAAAAAAAAAAAUGUGGAAAAUAUACGGAAAGGUUAUUUUUUCUUUUUUUUUUCUUUUUGGCGUCUCAGUUUUUUUUUCAGUCUUAUGGAAAUUCGUUUGUAAUUUUUUUUUUAUCUCGGGUUUGUUUGCUUCUUUCCUUUUUUUUUUUUUUAUUGUUUGUCUGUUAUCUUUCAGCCACAGUCCAGGUAUUCGUGUAGGCUGCAUUUAAAAUACACAUAAAUUUACUGAGAAAGUUGAGUCACUAAGAAGUUGGAUGCAUGAGGAACCAGUUGAUGAAUUGACUUGAGGCGCCGCGACACUGCGUCCAUAUUGCAAAGUGGAAUAAAGAAAAGUUUGGCUGACUGACUGAUCCACGGUAUUACGGCGACAGGACACGUUUAAAGGACUGCAUCUUAUCGAACUAUUUAACGGAGGCGAGGAAGAAUACACAGCCUCGCGCCACUGUACAGAAAGUGCUUCAUUGCAACCGCGUGAAGCGAAGUGUUUUGAUUUGACCGCAGCAAACUUCAUACAUUUGUUUGCUUACUCCUGUAAAGUGAGAGGAUGCACACGACAGCACACAAGGCGAACCGAUACCUAUACUCUGCUAGAUGCCUUGGAGGACAAUGGUAAGGCUUUUUGCAGUUCACGUAGAGUUAUGAAGCAGCCGUAAGCUACAGGCCAUAAUAGUGAUUUAUAAAUGAAUACUUACAGUGCCCGGCUAUCUCGCAAGAUGGCGUUGCUGUACCAUUUUUUGCUGCAUAUUACUUCAUUAUAGAAUAUAAAUUAAUGUUGGCAUAUUCUGUGAUGGUGAUAUGAGAUGACUGAACGUAGCUGGCCAAGAGACACUGAAUUAUCUAUUGGGUGUCGUAAAUGUAUGUGAUGAUGAAGGAGAUACUGCCUUAGAUUCGAUAUUUUGAAUAGUUAAAACUUCGCUCCUCGUGUUUUCAGUCAAUUCAUAUCACUAUUGUACACGAAUAAAACAAGACUUGAAAUACCACAUAUAGCGUCUUUGUUAACGUAGUGUAAAGGGAUUAUCAUCUUUCCUCGCCUCGGUGCGCCAGAGCCAUCUGGUGACGAAAAACUUUCACCCAGCCUUGUAAAGUGUGACCAUUCCCAACAUCCAAGUCUGGCCUAACUUUUCCAAACACAGUCAAGUUCGUUUCAAUCAAACCUCGACCUCACUUCAUUAUCAUUCACACAACUAUUGAUGGUUCAUAGUUGAGGUUGAUAUGCAGUUUUCCAUAACCAACUAUAUAGGAAAUAAAAGUGUAGUGUAUUCUGCUAUUAACGGUAACUUUGCUUUCCUUAUGCCAUCUUGCUCGCAGUUCGCUUUAUUGGUGUCAGAAUGCUUGAUCUGUUAAUGAUGCACUUGUUAUGUCAUUUGAUUAAUCUUAGACAAGUUUUCAGAGCCGAAUUAAAAGCAAAAGGCCUUAGAAUAUUUAAACUACUAGAUCUUUCACUCCCUCUGUCAGUGGCGUCUUGAAGUCAUACCCAGCAUUUUAUCUAACUUUAUUAAAAUCUUAGCCAUCAUAAGUUAGUGUUUACUUCCUGAAACCACAUCUUAUGCUCCAUUGUAUGAGGAAGAUUCUUCAGAACUCUGUGACUGGUGUCUGAUGCAAAUGACGUGUCUAGGAGCAACCGAUGUAAAUGACAAUAAAGAAUUAUAUCAUUCAAAACACCAAUCCGAACUUGUGAGUAAAAUAGCAUAAGGAAGAUAAGGUUAUAACAAAUACCAGACAUUUUUUUUUAUAUCUUUGGUUAUGGGAGGUCACAUAUUCACUAUACAUAUAUAGUUGGUGGCCACGAAACAUACACUGUUCAUUUGUAUACAGAGCAAGUGUUAUAUUAGGUUUCUACUAAGAGGACAGGUGUUGUGGGCAGGUGAUGUUGACUGGUGGUCCUGCUUGUUGUUGCGUGGUGUGUUGUUGUGGAAAGUGGUCCCCCCGCCGCCUCUGUUCUGUGAGGUCAGCGUGGGUUGGAGGUCAUCAGUCGCUGCGUUAUUUAUAUUCCGUGUAGUUAUGUAAUGAUGAAAUAUAUAUAUAUUAUAUCUUAAUGUAAUAAAGUGAAUUAGUGGAAAAGUUGUGCCAAAUAUACUUAGGGUGAUUAUAAUAAACUUUAUAAUUA